GGACGAACAGCUCCCGGGACCAAUGAAUGCAGCGGCAGCGGCCCGGCCUCCCUGGCGCGCCCCUUCCAGGGGCUGUAGACGCCCCCCAGGCCCAGCUUUGCACCGCGCCUCAUAGCGCCGUCCACCGCUGGGUCUUCCUGGUCUCCACAUUGCUCUAGACCGUGGUGUGGGCGCGUUCCCAAGGCCUGGGUGUCCGGCGUGCUUCUUUGCCAAUCCCAAGCCGCCCGCGAGGACUGCUGAGGCCGCAGGAAUUGUUGGAAGAACAAUGCACAUGAAUCUUUGACAUCAUGAUGUACAUCCGGCAAAGAAAAGAGACAAAAACCAUAGAAGUUUCUGAGGAUUUUCUAUCACCAAAAGAAAAUGUGAAGUUGGAAAAGAAAUUGCCAUCUGGUUGUGCCUCGGGAAGGUUCUGGAAGAUUCUGUCGUCUGUGGUUGGUGGAAUUGUGGCCCUUUGCAUUGGACUUCUUACAUCUGUCUACCUGGCCACCCUGCAUGAGAAUGAUUUGUGGUUUUCCAAUAUUAAGGAAGUAGAGCGAGAAAUCUCAUUCAGGACGGAAUGUGGACUAUACUAUUCAUACUACAAGCAGAUGCUGCAGGCACCAACCCUCCUGCAAGGUUUUCAUGGCCUAAUCUAUGACAAUCAAACGGAAUCCAUGAAGACGAUUAACCUCCUCCAACGAAUGAAUAUUUACCAAGAAGUUUUCCUCAGUGUUUUGUAUAGAGUCCUCCCCAUACAGAAAUAUCUAGAACCUGUUUAUUUUUAUAUCUACACUCUUUUCGGGCUCCAAGCAGUCUACGUCACAGCCCUUUAUAUAACCAGCUGGCUCCUCAGUGGCACCUGGCUGUCAGGACUGUUGGCAGCUCUCUGGUACGUCACCAACAGAACAGAUACCACGAGAGUUGAGUUUACCAUUCCGCUGAGGGAGAACUGGGCUCUGCCUUUCUUUGCAAUUCAGAUUGCAGCAGUUACCUACUUUCUGAGACCAAACUUACGGCCUCUGUCUGAAAAGCUGACACUUCUUGCCAUUUUCAUAUCAACUUUUCUCUUUAGCCUGACAUGGCAAUUUAAUCAGUUCAUGAUGCUGCUGCAGGCGCUGGUGCUGUUCAUCCUGGACUCCUUGGACAUGCUACCUGCUGUGAAAGCCACCUGGCUAUACGGCAUACAGAUAAGCUGCUUGCUCCUCGUCUGCAUGCUUCAAUUCUUUAACUCCAUGAUUCUGGGAUCACUGCUCAUCAGUUUUAACCUUUCGGUAUUAAUUGUAAGAAAACUUCAGAAAAACCUAAAAACUGGGACCUUCCUGACUAGGAUUGGGAAACUAUUGUUGCACUUACUUCUAGUUUUCUGUUUGACACUUUUUCUCAACAACAUUAUUAAGAAAAUUCUUAACCUGAAGUCAGAUGAGCACAUCUUUAAAUUUCUGAAGGCCAAGUUUGGGUUUGGAGCAACCAGGGAUUUCGAUGCGAAUCUCUACCUGUGUGAAGAAGCCUUCGGCCUCCUGCCUCUCAACACAUUCCAGAGGCUCUCGGAAACACUGCUGCUUUACGCAUACGUGUUUGUCUUAUUGGUCACAGUGAUCACAGCUUCCGUGGUUGCCUUUCAUAACCUCAGUGAUUCCGCAAGUCCGCAGCCCAUGGGUCAGACAAGAAAGUGUGUGGUUGACCUGAAACCAGAAGCCGCUUACAACUUAAUCCACACCAUUCUGUUUGGGGUCCUGGCACUGAGUACAAUGAGGAUGAAGUACCUGUGGACCUCCCAUAUGUGUGUGUUCGCAUCAUUUGGCCUGUGCAGCUCUGAGAUCUGGGAGUUGCUCCUGAGGCUGGUUCAUCUGUGGAACCCAAAGAGGAUCUGGGUCAUGCGGUAUUUGGUGCCCAUAGUUACCCUGCUGUACCUGUGCUGUAAGACCUGGCCAGGAAUGAUGGAUGAACUCUCAGAGUUGAAAGAAUUCUAUGACCCAGAUACAGUGGAACUCAUGGACUGGAUUAGCUCUAACACACCAAGAAAGGCCGUGUUCGCUGGGAGCAUGCAGCUGCUGGCUGGAGUCAAGCUGUGCACGGGACGGACCCUAACCAACCACCCACACUAUGAAGACAAAAGCCUGAGAGAGCGGACCCAAGCGGUUUAUCAGAUAUACGCAAAACGGUCUCCAGAGGAAGUGCACUCGCUCCUGAGGUCCUUUGGCGCUGACUUUGUGAUCUUAGAAGAUAGCAUCUGCUAUGAACGCAGGCACCAAAGGGGCUGCCGGCUGCGUGAUUUGCUGGACGUGGCCAACGGACACGAGAUGGAUGGGCCAGGAGAGAGUGACCCCGACUUGAGACCUGCAGACUACCCUCGCUUCUGUGAGGAGAUUAAAAGGAACCUGCCCUCCUAUGCAGCUCACUUCACUAGAGUAUUCCAGAACAAGACGUUCCAUGUCUACAAACUGUCCAGAAACAAGUAACUGUGUCCAUCCUUAAAACCCCAGUGCGUCUGCAGCCGAUGGAGUCAGUGUCUAUGGUCAGGAGCAGGGCUUGAGUGCUGGGAUUGCGGGCAGCUGCAGACAAUUCCACCAUCCUUGAAACUUUCACUAAUGCCUGCCUCUUCCAUCCUGUCUCUGCCUUUUCCAUGAGUGUUCUUUCGCCUGUGUGCACCUGUCCAAGACUGGGAAUUUGCCACUGAGGGAGUCGUGUGUGACCCACUGGUGGCCUGGAAUCUGUUUAAGAUCUGAAAGACUUGUGCUUUUCAGUGAACCUGAGCAAGUUAUGAAUGAGUGUAGUUGACAGGCUGCACGGUUCAGUUAUUGAUAUUUCUUUACCACUGGGACCAAUCAGUGGCUUUUUAAAAGCUUAUUGUCCUGUGUCCUUUAAAAUUUUAUAACAUUUUCCAAUUUACCAUGCUUUCACAUGUGAAGAAACAAAUCAUGUUAGGUCUUUGAAUCUUAAAUAUUCCAUUUGUGCUCUAAAAUGUCACAGGUGCAGAAAAAUGGGGCAGACUUAGAGUGUGUUCAAUUCUGGGCACAGCAAUCAGGGUGCUUCUGGGCCAGGUGUGGUAGCACACUCCUUUAGUCCCAGCACUCGGAGGCAGGG